GGAGGCGGAGGCGGCGGGCGCCGCAGCCUCUGCGCGGUGGGACCCACCGACGGACGGACGCGCUGCGACCGAGGCGCGGGCGCUGCCGAAGCCCCCAGCCCAGCCCGCGCCCCAGCCCGCCCUGAAGCUCCCGCCCGCCCGCCCGCCCCGGUGUCCACGGAGCCGCCACCAUGGGGGACAAGAAAGAUGACAAGGGCUCGCCCAAGAAGAGCAAGGGCAAGGAGCGCCGCGACCUGGACGACCUCAAGAAGGAGGUGGCUAUGACAGAGCACAAGAUGUCGGUGGAAGAAGUGUGCCGGAAAUACAACACUGACUGCGUGCAGGGUCUGACCCAUAGCAAAGCGCAGGAGAUCCUGGCCCGGGACGGGCCCAACGCACUCACCCCACCCCCCACCACCCCGGAGUGGGUCAAGUUCUGCCGACAGCUCUUCGGGGGCUUCUCCAUCCUGCUGUGGAUUGGGGCCAUCCUCUGCUUCCUGGCCUACGGCAUCCAGGCGGGCACAGAGGACGACCCUUCUGGUGACAACCUGUACCUCGGCAUCGUGCUAGCCGCCGUGGUCAUCAUCACCGGCUGUUUCUCCUACUACCAAGAGGCCAAGAGCUCCAAGAUCAUGGAGUCCUUCAAGAACAUGGUGCCCCAGCAAGCCUUGGUGAUUCGGGAAGGCGAGAAGAUGCAGGUGAACGCCGAGGAGGUGGUGGUCGGGGACCUGGUGGAGAUCAAGGGUGGAGACCGAGUCCCCGCUGACCUGCGCAUCAUCUCGGCCCAUGGCUGCAAGGUGGACAACUCCUCGCUGACCGGCGAGUCCGAGCCCCAGACCCGCUCUCCUGACUGCACCCACGACAACCCCCUGGAGACACGCAACAUCACAUUUUUCUCCACCAACUGCGUGGAAGGCACUGCCCGGGGCGUCGUGGUGGCCACUGGGGACCGCACCGUCAUGGGCCGCAUCGCCACCCUGGCUUCCGGCCUGGAGGUGGGCAAGACGCCCAUCGCCAUCGAGAUUGAACACUUCAUCCAGCUCAUCACCGGCGUGGCCGUCUUCCUGGGCGUCUCCUUCUUCAUCCUCUCCCUCAUCCUCGGCUACACCUGGCUCGAGGCGGUCAUCUUCCUCAUCGGCAUCAUUGUGGCCAAUGUCCCAGAGGGGCUGCUGGCCACUGUCACGGUGUGCCUGACGCUGACUGCCAAGCGCAUGGCCCGCAAGAACUGUCUGGUGAAGAACCUGGAGGCGGUGGAAACACUAGGCUCCACCUCCACCAUCUGCUCCGACAAGACAGGGACCCUCACCCAGAACCGCAUGACAGUCGCCCACAUGUGGUUUGACAACCAGAUCCACGAAGCCGAUACCACCGAGGACCAGUCAGGAACGUCCUUUGACAAGAGCUCGCACACCUGGGUGGCGCUGUCCCACAUUGCUGGACUCUGCAACCGGGCCGUGUUCAAGGGUGGACAGGACAACAUCCCCGUUCUCAAGAGGGACGUGGCCGGCGACGCCUCUGAGUCCGCCCUGCUCAAGUGCAUCGAGCUGUCCUCGGGCUCCGUGAAGCUGAUGCGUGAGCGCAACAAGAAGGUGGCUGAGAUCCCCUUCAACUCCACCAACAAGUACCAGCUCUCCAUCCAUGAGACUGAAGACCCCAAUGACAACCGCUACCUGCUGGUGAUGAAGGGCGCCCCCGAGCGCAUCCUGGACCGCUGCUCCACCAUCCUGCUGCAGGGCAAAGAGCAGCCGCUGGAUGAGGAGAUGAAAGAGGCCUUCCAGAACGCCUACCUGGAGCUGGGCGGCCUGGGCGAGCGCGUGCUGGGCUUCUGUCACUACUACCUGCCGGAGGAGCAGUUCCCCAAGGGCUUCGCCUUCGACUGCGAUGACGUAAACUUCACCACGGACACCCUCUGCUUCGUGGGCCUCAUGUCCAUGAUUGACCCACCCCGGGCAGCCGUGCCUGACGCCGUGGGCAAGUGCCGUAGCGCAGGCAUCAAGGUCAUUAUGGUCACGGGUGAUCACCCCAUCACGGCCAAGGCCAUCGCCAAGGGCGUGGGCAUCAUCUCUGAGGGCAACGAAACUGUGGAGGACAUCGCUGCCCGGCUCAACAUCCCUGUGAGCCAAGUCAACCCCCGGGACGCCAAGGCCUGCGUGAUCCACGGCACCGACCUCAAGGACUUCACCUCAGAGCAGAUCGAUGAGAUCCUGCAGAACCACACCGAGAUCGUCUUCGCCCGCACGUCCCCCCAGCAGAAGCUCAUCAUUGUGGAAGGCUGCCAGCGACAGGGAGCCAUUGUGGCAGUCACAGGCGAUGGCGUGAACGACUCCCCGGCUCUGAAGAAGGCAGACAUCGGGGUGGCAAUGGGCAUCGCCGGCUCCGACGUCUCCAAGCAGGCGGCCGACAUGAUCCUGCUGGAUGACAACUUUGCCUCCAUCGUCACUGGUGUGGAAGAGGGCCGCCUGAUCUUCGACAACCUGAAGAAGUCCAUCGCCUACACCCUGACCAGCAACAUCCCCGAGAUCACCCCCUUCCUGCUCUUCAUCAUGGCCAACAUCCCACUGCCACUGGGCACCAUCACCAUCCUCUGCAUCGACCUGGGCACCGACAUGGUCCCCGCCAUCUCCUUGGCCUACGAGGCAGCUGAGAGUGACAUCAUGAAGCGGCAGCCCAGGAACCCGCGCACGGACAAGCUGGUGAACGAACGGCUCAUCAGCAUGGCCUAUGGCCAGAUCGGAAUGAUCCAGGCGCUGGGUGGCUUUUUCUCCUACUUCGUGAUCCUGGCAGAAAAUGGCUUCCUGCCGGGCAACCUGGUGGGCAUCCGGCUGAACUGGGAUGACCGCACUGUCAAUGACCUGGAGGACAGCUACGGACAGCAGUGGACGUACGAGCAGAGGAAGGUGGUGGAAUUCACCUGCCACACAGCCUUCUUCGUGAGCAUCGUGGUAGUGCAGUGGGCCGACCUGAUCAUCUGCAAGACCCGUAGGAACUCCGUCUUCCAGCAGGGCAUGAAGAACAAGAUCCUCAUCUUUGGGCUGUUUGAAGAGACGGCACUUGCUGCCUUCCUGUCCUACUGCCCGGGCAUGGACGUGGCUCUGCGCAUGUACCCACUCAAACCCAGCUGGUGGUUCUGUGCCUUCCCGUACAGCUUCCUCAUCUUCGUCUACGAUGAGAUCCGCAAGCUGAUCCUGCGCAGGAACCCCGGGGGUUGGGUGGAGAAAGAAACCUACUAUUGACCUCAGCCCCGCCACGUUGCCCGACUCCCCUUGCCCCCAGCCCAGGGCGGCCCCCGCCAGCCCCCCAUUUUGUACUCGUGGGCAGGGGCCCUCCUCUCCCCCGUGGCCCCAGCUGGGCCCCCACCUCCAGUUAUCUCCUGUCUUCUCCCUCUGGCUGGCUUCUCUCCCCGCCCCACCCCUGCCUCUCCCCUCUUUUCUGUGUGUUUUCUCUCUUCCCCUCGCCUCCCCCGUCCCUGGGCUCUUUUUUAUGCCCCCUCCCCUGGCCGAUGCCACCUCUGGUCCUGGACAACUACA